UACAUGAUGAAGGAUUUUGUGUUUACGUUUUUGGUGUUGUUAAAAUGUUGCGUUUGUGAAAAUAUCCCUGGAAAUUUAACGAAUUUGGACGUGUGUAAAGUGAGUCACAUGGGUUUAGAUUAUGUCGGAUAUAUUGCUAGCACUGAAUCUCAUGUACGUUGUCAGGCGUGGAACAGCCAAAACCCGAUACACAAAGUGCAUGAAUCGUAUACAGACGAUAAAUUUCCGGACUUCUCUAAGGAGAAGGCAAAAAAUUACUGUAGAAACCCUAGCAGAAGCAUGAACGGUCCUUGGUGCUAUUCCAUGGAUCAGCAACUGAUUGAUGACACAUGCGCUAUACCACUGUGCAUGUUCAGCGAAUGUCGUUUGACCGGUCCUGGGAUGGAGUAUGCUGGAAAACACAGCAAAUCUAUAUCAGAUAGUAAUUGCUUGAAAUGGGAUAAGAAACGUAAGCAUGUUAAGAUCAAUAACACGGUUAUUAGUAUGGAGAAGUUCGACAAAUAUCGGUUUCCGGAGAUCAAUCUGUCUACGGCAAAGAAACAAUGCAGAAACCCGGACGGCGAUUUGGCCGGUCCUUGGUGCUUCGUGCAGUUAGAGGAUUCGGUGAAAAAGGAAUACUGCGACCUUCCUUUUUGCGAUGAUCAAGACUGCAUGGUUUUCACUAGAAACAAUUCAGUUUACGGACACUACACUAAUUUCCCAAAAGAUUUAACUGAAUUUACUUUUGGCGUAAAGCUUUGGGAUCCUGAUUCCUAUACAAAAGCUAAAGCUCGUUUGGUACUUUCGCUUUUAGCUCUUCCGGUCGAUGGAAAAGAGCUGGAUCAUUUAGGAUCGGCCAUUGAAAUAUUACUUAGUAAUAAUAAGAGUACUUUGCUCGGUGGAAAUAAAGACGAGCCCGAAUACGAAUCAACUCACGGUAUUUUAAAAGCAUCUGAGUAUACGUUCUUUACUUUGAGCUGGGAUCACGGGUUUUUGACGUUAAAUCGUGUCAACCAUACUAAACCGAUUUUUCUUCAAGAAUAUAAGACCAAGAAAAAUCUUUUAGGUCAUUAUAAGGACAAGUUCCGGUAUUAUGCGGCUCAAGGGGAUAACGUUAUGUGGAGUUUUCCGUUCUGCGACGACGAUAAUAAUUAUUGCGACGUGCAUACGACCGGAACAUCGAAGUUUCAACAGUUUUGGCCUCUGCGAGAAACCGACGUUGGUCAUGAUUUAGUGUUUCAACUUAGGGCUUUUCAUUCGGCGAAUAUCCUCUUAGUUCCGAGUCCCGUAUUGGACUUUCCAAAUAUUAAAAUAUCUUUGGGAAAAAGCGACAAUUACACGCGAAUAAUGUGCACUGAAUUUGAGAAAGGACCGACUCUAACUUUAUUUGAGGGAAUUUUUCCCAAGUUGUUAAGCUAUUGGAAAUGGGGUAAAUUUUCUUUAACUUUAUUUUCCGACACGUUGCAUUUCUUCUGGAAGCGAGAUGUGGGAACUUUUAUGAUCAUGGAAGUUAAACAUGAUAUAAUCAAGUUGGUUAGAUGGUUCUCUUCAAGUUCGGAUAAUUCUGUUGCUCAUUGGACGUUUUUUUGUGAGCCUCCAGUGCAUUCAGCUCCUCCCCAAGCUUUUUUACCGGAAUGCUCGUUGAAUGCCAAAGAUACAAACUACAUGGGCUCGCAAGACGUAACCAGUACAGGUUUACCCUGUUUACCAUGGUCUGCAAAGAAAUGGAUUCCUGAUAAUGUAUCAAAUAAAUUCAAGGAUUCUCCAGAAGUUCUCUUGGAUAUGGUUAAUUAUUGUAGAAAUUUCAAGCACGAAACUGAGGGUAAAUAUCGCAAAUAUUAGUCAAUCAUGAGCUACUUAAUAAAAUUAUGUAGGAACGUAUUGUUAUGCCGUUUCGGAGAAUGGCGAAAAACGCGUGGAUAAG